AUGGCCCCAGACAGAGACACGAAGGAGAUACCCUCAAGUGACGCCGAAACUGACAGGAUGGAAGGAGUCGACGAGAGAGAAAGCCAGCUGGAGCAGCUGGCCAGCACAAAGACCGCCUCUACUGCAGAACUUUUGUCUGCUCCGACAGCGACGUCCAGCACGGAGCCGUCUAGUACCUCGUCGAAUAAUUCCGUCUUCAGUAAUACAGCAAACAACAACGAUAAGAAGAGGAGUCUAGAGGCCACCGAUGAAGUACGAAACAGGGAGGGGUCAGACGAUACUCACAAAAGAGUCAAGAUGGAGGAAAACGGCAACAUAGAGCAUGACGAAGAUUCAGCAGCGCAAGAGGCAGUCGCUGAUGAAGUGGAGGGAAAGGAGAAUGAGGAGAAAAAAGACGAAGAAGAGGACGAAGAAGAGGGAGGGCAUGAAGCGGAGGACGAAGAAGAACAAGAAGAAAGUGCUCAUGUCCGAGAAACUGCAAACAACAAGAUAGGGGAAGAAGAGGAAGAGGAUGUUGAUGCCAAUGAAGAGGAGGAAGAAGAAGACGAGGUGGAGGUGGAGGAGGAGGAGGAGGAGGAGGAGGAGGAGGAAGAAGAAGAAGAAGAAGAAGAAGAAGAAGAAGAAGAAGAAGAUGAGGAACAAAAAUUGAAGAAAGCACAAGCUGAGAAAGAGGAAGAAGAAGAGGAGGCACAGAAAGAAAACAGCCGUGUUGCAGCAAUGAAUCGGUUGAAAGAUAUUGAGAUUCUUUUUGCACAGCUGAAGGAUAAGCUCUACGAGACACAGUUGAACAAGCUUGAAUUUGAAUUGAAGCUUUGCCAGAGCAACAAGCACCCCGAACUCUUGGACUACAUGAAGAUGGUGGACGACGACUUCCAAAAGAAGGCCGAGAGGUUGAUGAAUUUACAGAAGUACCAGUUGAAGUGCCUCGACAACCAGACGCGGGCACACCGGGUUGCGCUACACCAACAGUUCAUGAAAAGCCGCCAGGACUUGAAGAGCAAGGAGGUGGUCAAGAUUACCACCGACUGGUACGACAUCAACAAGGAACGGAGGACAAUGGAUAUGCAGACGCUCGAGCUGCCUGAGUACUACCAGUACAACGAGACUGUGAACAGCGCCAACAUCGAGGAGUACCUCCCAGCAUUGGUGCACCAGAGAAACUCGGUGUACAAGGAGCUCAGUGUGCUACAGGGGCUGAUCGACUACAAGCAGAUGAUUCCUAGUUCGUUGAACAACUUGCGGGGGUGUUCGGAAGAGGAGAUCAACACAGAUCUACAGGAGAUGGGGUUGAUCUGA